ACGCCAUCGCUGAUCGCACUUGGCUUGGCAUAAGGAAGAUUUUAUAGUCGAGCAAACGCUUCGAGGCGGGAAGAAGCGAACGCUUCAAAGCGUUAUACGGCGGCGCACUUUGACGCGAGGCACGAUAUGUUUGUUAGUUAAACGAAAGGUGUCGAAACUUUGUUUUCUUCAACCAGCAUUUCGAGGGUUGCCAUCUCUCCCCGUCGCCCCCUGUCUCUCGCCCGUUUCUCACUUUUCACCGUCCAUCGGCCGCUAGGUUUAGUUGAAAGAUGGCAGAAGAACCCAAAGUGACAAUGGAGGAUGCUAAGAUUGAUCUAUUUGAAGAUGAUGAUGAGUUUGAAGAAUUUGAAUGUGAAGAAUGGGAUGAUGAGAAGGAAGAAGAGAAGGAAGCAACACAACAGUGGGAAGAUGACUGGGAUGACGAUGACGUUAAUGAUGACUUCUCUCUUCAAUUGAGAAGGGAGCUGGAGAACAACUCAGAGAAGAAAUAAACUUUUCCUUGACAAAUGUGUCUUUGGAGUUUGGACCCUGUAACAUGUUUUUACGUGACAGGUGAUUAUGAUACAACAUAGUUAUGCUUAGAAUGGGUUAUCGACUUUAUCAAAAGUUUCAAGUGCUGUAAUAUAGAUCUCCUGAUGCUUCACUGCGUAGUGUAAUUUCAUUUUGAAGAGCUUUCAAGUUUUUAA